AUGGAGAUGACCUCCAGGUCAGCUUCGAGGCUCAUCCAGAGCUCGAAUCGAGGCUCUACCCGGCUUCUACUCCGAGCUGGAGCGGUCAAUUCCACAUACAAUGCACUCACACUCUCACGGCGAAACCUGAGCAACGCAGCUCCUUCCCUCGCCCCAACCGAAACAUCCCUUCUCGGCUUCGCAACCGGCUCUCCAUCAUCAUCUGCUCCUCAAACCUACUUCUCGAAUCGGAACACGCUCCCUGCAAACACUGUCAUUCGCUUCGUACCCCAACAGACGGCAUGGAUUGUCGAACGGAUGGGCAAGUUCCAUCGGAUUCUGGAACCGGGAUUGGCGAUUCUGAUACCGUUUAUUGAUCGCAUUGCAUAUGUUAAGAGCUUGAAGGAAUCUGCUAUUGAGAUACCCAGUCAGAACGCGAUCACAGCGGACAAUGUGACGCUAGAGCUUGAUGGGGUUCUCUACACGAGGGUUUUUGAUGCAUAUAAAGCUAGCUACGGUGUUGAGGACGCCGAGUAUGCGAUUUCUCAACUCGCCCAGACGACGAUGCGAUCCGAAAUCGGCCAGCUUACACUCGAUCACGUCCUCAAAGAGCGGGCUACUUUGAACACCAACAUCACACAAGCCAUCAACGAGGCAGCACAGGAUUGGGGCGUUGUCUGUCUCCGUUACGAAAUCAGAGACAUUCAUGCACCAGAAGGUGUCGUGGCCGCCAUGCACCGUCAAGUCACCGCCGAACGAUCCAAGCGAGCCGAAAUUCUCGACUCUGAGGGUCAACGACAGAGCGCCAUCAACAUCGCUGAGGGUCGUAAACAAUCUGUCAUUCUUGCCUCUGAGGCUUUGCGUGCCGAGCAAAUCAACAGAGCGUCUGGUGAGGCCGAAGCUAUUAUGUUGCGCGCGGAGGCUACUGCGAAGGGUAUCGAUGCCGUUGCCAAGGCGAUCCGGGAUGGGAAGGAGAAUGCCCAAAGCGCUGUUAGUCUGAGCGUUGCGGAGAAAUACGUUGAGGCAUUCGGUAACCUUGCCAAGGAGGGCACUGCUGUGGUUGUUCCAGGCAACGUCGGAGAUAUUGGCGGCAUGAUUGCAAGUGCCCUUUCAGUCUACGGUAAGGUCACCGAAGGCCAGACCAGGGCACUGGCCGCUAAGGCAUUGGGAGUUCCCGAGUCGAAAGAGGCCAGUCACGCGCAUUCUACAAACAAGGAUACAGAGGCAGGGAUCGAGAAGGCCGAGCAGACUGCUGAACCAAGCGGGCGCAACUCGGUUGCUGAGAGCGUCCUUGACAGUUUCGACCAGACUACUCAGCAGAAGCGAUAG